AUGGCUUCCGCAGACGAGCUCAAGGCUCUCGGCAACAAGGCCAUUGCCGAGAAGAACUUUGACGAGGCUGUCGCCAAGUUCACCGAGGCCAUUGAGAUCCAGCCCGACAACCACAUCCUCUACAGCAAUCGCUCCGCAGCCUAUGCCUCCAAGAAGGACUGGCAAAACGCCCUGAACGAUGCCAAGAAGACUACCGAGAUCAAGCCCGACUGGCCCAAGGGAUGGGGACGUCUAGGAACAGCGCAGUACGGUCUGGGUGACCUCCUCGCCGCCAACGAUGCGUACGAGGAGGGCCUCAAGGUCGACCCCAACAAUGCCGGUCUGAAGAAGGAUCUCGCUGCCGUCCAGAAGGCGAUGAAGUCCGAGGCUGGUGGUGACGCUGGUGACCCGAUGGGUGGCCUCGGCAACAUGUUCAACGACCCCCAGCUCGUCCAGAAGCUCGCCGCGAACCCCAAGACGGCCGGUUUCCUCGCCGACCCCGCCUUUAUGGCCAAGCUCCAGCAGAUGAAGGCGAACCCCUCGGCUUCACCCGAUCUGUUCAGCGACCCCCGCAUGCUGCAGGUCCUUGGUGUCCUGAUGGGCGUCGACAUGCAGAUGGGUAUGCCCGACAACAUGCCCGAGGACGCCGAGAUGCGCGAUGCUCCUCCCCCUCCCCAGUCGAAGCCUGCCGCGCCCAAGAAGGCCCCCACUCCCGAGCCUGAGCCCGAACCCGAAGAAGAGGACGAGGAGGCUAUCGAGAAGAAGAAGGCCAAGGAGGCCGCUGACAUGGAGAAGGCCCUCGGUACCGAGAACUACAAGAAGCGCAACUUUGACGAGGCUAUUGCACACUACACCAAGGCGUGGGAGCUGCACAAGGACAUCACCUACCUCAACAACCUGGGUGCCGCGUACUUCGAGAAGGGUGACUUUGACAAGGCCAUCGAGACUUGCUCAAAGGCCGUCGAGGAGGGUCGCGAGAUCUAUGCCGACUUUAAGCUGAUCGCCAAGAGCUACGCCCGUAUCGGUACCGCCUACGAGAAGCAGGGCAACCUUGACCUUGCCAUCGAGAACUACAAGAAGUCGCUGACUGAGCACCGCACCCCCGACGUAAACGCCAAGCUCCGCGCGGCAGAGCGCAACAAGAUCGAGACUGCUCGCAGUGCCUACAUCGACCCUGCCAAGGCAGAGGAGGCACGUGAGGAGGGUAACAAGAAGUUCAAGGAGAGUGACUGGCCUGGCGCCGUGGCGUCGUACACUGAGAUGACGAAGCGUGCGCCCAACGACCCCAGAGGAUACAGCAACCGCGCCGCGGCCUUUAUCAAGCUGCUCGAGUUCCCCAGCGCCGUCGAGGACUGCAACACGGCCAUCAAGAAGGACCCGACCUUCAUCCGCGGCUACAUCCGCAAGGCGCAGGCCUUCCACGGCAUGCGCGAGUACUCCAAGGCGGUGGAUGCCUGCAGUGAGGCGUCCAAGGUUGACUUGGAGCACCACAAGGGCGCCAACGCGCGCGAGAUUGAGCAGACGCAGCAAAAGGCUCUCAACGCCAUGUACUCUGCGCGGGAGAACGAGACGGAGGACCAGACGCGGGAGCGUUUGGCAAAGGAUCCCGAGAUCAUGAGCAUCAUGAACGACCCCAUCAUGCAGUCUAUCCUCCAGCAGGCACAGUCGGAUCCCGCUGCUUUGAACGAGCACAUGAAGAACCCCGAGAUCAGAGCCAAGGUGCAGAAGCUCGUAGCGGCGGGAGUUAUCCGCGUCGGCCGAGAUAUUCCACUUACGCGUGUAGUUUCACCACCCACAAUCAUGGACUCACCCAUGAAAGAAGCAUACGUCCAACUCAUCGAAGUCAUCGCAAAAGACACCACAGACCCAGCCGCAACAGAAACCCACGUCCGCCAACUCAUCGCCUCCCUCCCCUCCGUCCUCCGCGCCCGCGACGACGAUCAGCGAACAACCCUCCACCACGCCGCCCGCCUAGGCCGCACCGCCCUCCUCGUCGCCAUCCUCGAAGCCAACCCUGACUCCGACGUCGACGUCCGCGAUGUAGAUCGCUGUACGCCUUUACAUCUUGCCGCGCGUAACGGGCACGAAGGGUGUGUUGCGACGUUGGUGUGCGAGGCGGGAGCGGACGUGAGAGCCGAGGAGAGUUUUCUGGAGACGCCGCUUCAUGAGGCGAGUCGGGGCGGGUAUGCGAGGAUUGUGACGCUGUUGAUUGAGAAUGGGGCGGUUGUUGAUGCGCCGAAUCGAGAUUUGGGGACGAGUUUGCAUAUUGCUGCGAGGAGGGGAAAUGAGGAUGUUAUUAGGGUUUUGCUUGAGGCUGGGGCGAAUCCCGGGACGAGAGAUGCUGUUGGGGAUACGCCGCUUCAUGAUGCUGCUAGGGGCGGGCACGAGGGUGUGGUGAUGAUGUUGUUGGGGACGGGGUCCGUUUCUAUUGAGGCGCAGAACGCGAAUGAUUUUACGCCGUUGAGCGUUGCUGCGCGCCAUGGGCGGGAGGCGAUUGUGAGGAUGCUGGUGGAGCAGGGUGCGGACGUCGAUACCAUGAGCAACGAGUACUGCACGCCCCUUCACCAAGCUGCUUCCGAAGGCCACGAUGGCGUCGUUCGUAUCCUCAUCGCCGCGGGCGCGGAUGUCGAUUUGCAGGAUAAGGACGACCAGACCCCCCUCCACGCGGGCGUCAUGUUCGAGCACGAGGCUGUUGUCGCCUCGCUGCUCGCCGCGGACGCGGACGUGGAUGUCCGGGAUACGGAGGACUGUACGCCGCUGCACCACGCCGUGAAGAACGAGAACAAGAGGCUCGUGAGGGAUCUGUUGGAGGCUGGGGCGGAUCCGACUGUGAUUUCGUCGACGGGGGAGACGCCGCAGAGUUUGGCCAAGUUGCUGAACCGCAACUCGAUUGCGGAUUUGUUCAACUCGCCGCAGGUUGUGCCGAAGCAGAACGUCGGACUCGAUGUCUUUGGUGUUUUUGCGGCGGCCGGUGUUGGGAUGGGUGGAGGUGGUGGUGGCGGGAGAGUGAAGAAGACGCGUCCGCCGUCGAGGCCGAAUCAGGAGGCGGAGAUGGAGGCGUGUAAGCACUUUAAGGGGUUAUUCUGGUGUCCUUCUUCGGAAUGCAGUUUCGAGAGUCUGAGUGUGUGGGAUUUGCUGUAUGAUUCCGAGACGGAGGUUAAGUUGUGUCCGAGGCCGCCUCCGCCCCCGAUGACGCCGCCGAUGCCGGUGGCGUUGCCGGCGCUGUCUCCACACUCGGCCGAGACGCCGGUCCGGAGCCCCGUUGGAUCACCCACACGAAGCCCCGCGCGGUCGAGAGCGCAUUCGAGAGCACAGAGUCCCGCGGGGAGUCCGCGGCUCUCGCCUCUUCAGACGCCGUCUCACUCGCCGCCGCAUUCACCUCUGCUUCAACCUCCUGGGAGCCCUGGGUUGAACAUGAAGGAGAUGAGGAAGCACGUCAGCCAGCAGCGCCGCAAGAGUUCGCAUACGACCGGUGGUGGUGGUGGUAGUAGCGGCGGUACUGCACGCACCACUAGCAGCCACAAGGAAGACCGCAGGCCUAUCAAGCGGUGGUUCCAUCUUCCUGCAAACAACGUUGCGUGGGUGAUGGACCUCGUGCAGCGGAUUUGCGCCGUGGACGGGCGGCCGGAUGCCGAGUGUAACCGGAUGAUUGCGUUCAUCGAGGAGACUUUUCAGGAGAUUCGGAUCAGUGCGCCCUACCGGAAGCCGCAUUUUCGGAUGGAGGCUGCGACUGCUGCUGCUGCUGCCGGGGCGGCGACGGAUGGGAGUGGUGGGACUGGGAUGCCGGAGGUGAGUCUUGGAUCGGAGGUGCCGGCCGGACAGUUGGCAGCAGCAGCAAUAGCACCGCCGAGAUCUCAAAUGUUCUCUCUGGUACUCCCCGUCAUCGACGUCGAUAUCGACGAGGGCACCAAGAGGAGUCUCCAGGACGUACACAUCGGGGAUGAAGCCAAGGUCUUUCGCCCGAUGGAACUGGUCGGCGGCGGCGCGGCAGCCGUCCCGACAGCAGCAGCAGGCAACGAUAGAAGAGCGCCACCGGUCCAGAGGCCGCACCCUCUCAGCGCGAUGCCGACGAAUCUGCAGCACUACCUCUUCCCCCAUCUAGCGCACUUUGACGCCAUGGCCAAGAUGCGCGCGACGUUUACGAAGUCUGAGCUGCAUGUCCCGAGAUCGCUGGACCAGUCGUACCACGAGAGUCUCAGCGCGAGCGAUCUUGCGCUGCGAAACGAGAGCCAGGUGCUCUUCCGCUAUCUUCGGCGCGUCGAGGGCCGACUGGCUGCUUCCGCCGCCUCCGCCGCAGGCACGACGCCAACGGGAACCACAGCAGCCGGGUCAUCGACUGCAGGUGACACGAUUGCAGAGGACGUGCUAGGGAAGCAACCUCUAACCGAAGACGGCAUCGCGUCGACGAGGGUGCAUCAGCAGCAGCAAAAGACGCAACAUCAACGAAACCCGUUUGAUCGGCAUGCGCAGAGGGCGUAUUCGAGGCAGAGCAGCUCCAAGCAGAAGAAGACGGACGGGACCAAGGCGGAGCUGGGGAGGAUGGCGGGGAGGCAGGAUCAGGCGAGUAGUGUGCAGGCCAAGAUUUCGCGUGAGAAGAGGAGGAUGGACACGGAGAGGAGGAAGCAGAUUUUGGUUGUUGCGCAGCUUUGGAUUUGGAGGAUUGAUGAGCACACCAUCAUCACCGCGUUCCCUGAUCGAUGGGAUAACAAGAACGCCAAGACGUUAUUGAACCAGAUCAAGCACCGCGUGCUGGGAACCAGGGACAUGCGAUCUGAGAACACGGACAUAAUGCGUGUUGUGGAGAGUAUCCUCGAGAGCGCGGUGGAAUACAGUGAGGAGGAAUUCCACUUCCAAUUCGAAGGGCCGCGGAGUUACUGUAACAUCUUUGCGGCGUCCAUUGCUCACGUUUCCAACGAAGCAAUGAAGCGCUACGCCAACUUCAAAGCCUCCAUCAGCAAAAUGGGCACCUCAAAGACGGUCCUCGACGACCUCCGCGCCGAGAUCGAGCUCCUGCAGGAGAUUGAUGACGUCCGGGAGGAGAUCAACAUGAUCAAGCGGGUUCUCCGGUCGCAGGAGCGGGUCUUUGACGGAUUCCGUGAGGCGGAGGCGGAGCGGGCUGGGAGUUUAUGCGGCGGAGUCGGAGCCGGGGAGAAGCAGGGUGGUGUUGUAAAGCCGUAUAAGCACCCGACGCUGGACUUCUUCAAGAGGUUGGAGGAGGAUGCGAAUCGGGUUCGGGAUUCGAUUACAACUUUGCUGGAUUUGAGACAGAGAGAGGCGAAUAUCGAGGAGGCGCUCUCUGCGAGCGAGCAGUCGAAGAUUCUCUUCAUCUUUACCGGGGCGACGGUCGUCUUUGCUCCAUUGUCUUGGGCAACAGGCAUCUUUGACAUCUCCAUUGAGGGCGUACCAUCGCCAAUCGGCCCUGGGACCCUCAUUCUCACAUGCGUCCUGAGUCUAGUCGCCACCCUCCUCCUCAUCGCUCUCUCCCUUCAAAUCUACGAAUUCGUCACCACAGGAAAAGCAAAGCACCUCUACCGUCGCGUAUCCAACUUCUUCGAGGUCCGCAAGCUGGAGAAGCUGGCAGCCGCGAACCAGAGCAAGUCGCCGCCCUCGUCGCUGGGUGCGUCGACGCAGUUGAGCAGGCUGAGGAGGUCGUCUCUCUCGCAGCCCGUCGCUAGCACGACGGCCAACGAGAAGAAGAAGAUGCAGAGUGUGAGGAGGAGGCUCGCAGCGUUGAGGACGAGGGGGAGGGGGUUAGGGCGGGAUCGGGAUGAGGAGAGGGAGGUUACUGGGAAGCAGGUUUGA